AUGUAAUAAAACAUAAAUGGAUCAAAUAUAAAGAGUCAAAUCAGAGUAUCUUCUUUGUCAGAAAAAGAAGAAGCAUAAGAAACUUUGGAAAGUAUACAAUUAAAUUAUAAUAUUAGUCAUAUAGGAAAUGUCAUAAAUUUUAAAUUGUGGAUUAGAUAGAUAAUAAUUAGCAAUUCUAGUUAGUAUGAUAGAAAAUGGUGUGAAUCCAGAAGCUUUGUCAUUGGUUGUAAAUGAGAUGAAAACUGAGUUGAACACAUACAAAAAAAUACAUAAAUAAUGA